AUGGACUUUAUGGGUGAUUUUCCUGUUAAGAAGUGUUAUUAUUUGCAAAUGGAGGGUGAGGGUGAGAAUGAUGCUUCUUUUGAGAAGUUUGUCUGGAAAAAGAAUAUCCCACCUAAAGUAAGUUUCAUGUUAUGGGCUUGUUUUCAUGAUUCUUUAUCAACAUUAAGUAUGCUGCAACAUAGAGGAGUUGAGAUUCAAAGUGUAAUAUGUCCUAUUUGUAAAAGGGAGGUUGAAGAUUCAGAUCAUCUGUUGGUUUCAUGUUCAUAUGCUUUUGAGGUUUGGACUCACUUUAUUAAUUCUUUCAAGGUUUCAUGGUUUGCUCCUAAUACAGUAAAAGGUUUCUUUGAAGCUUGGAGUUUGAAUAAUUUGCCAGGGAGGUGCAAGGAAGUGUGGUGGAAGACUAUUUAUGGUGUUAUAUGGCACUUAUGGAAAGAGAGAAGCAAGAGGGUUCAUAAUGGUGGAAGACAUAAAGAAGCAGCAAAGUUGAUUAUGAUUGUGAAGCAAACUAUUGCUCUUUCAUUUUUUGAUAAGGAUGUAUUUAGGGGAUUUUCUGUAAAUCAAAUCUUGUUUCAGUGGGAUACAAUACUGCAUACGUAA